AGAAAUCUCUGGUAUCGCCUUUUACACAACAAGAUCUCUUGCAAGUCGAUAACCGCCACUAUUUUGCAACUACCAGAUGAUAAGUGCGGAUUCUGUGGUAUAUCACAAACUCCUGUACACAUGCUGUUUACAUGCAUGGCCAACAGAGACAUAUGGGUAAAUGCUACCCAUUUGUUCUUCAAGUACCCUUCUCGCUUCUCUCUUCCACAGCUCUACCUAGAUGUAAUAGGUUUAAACAUUGAUCAUUAUCUAUUACUAGAUUCAAAUCUUCGCCUGAAUUGUUUUGAAGUUCUUUCUGCCGUCUUCUCCUCUAUCUGGAAUGCACACUGGCGCCAACACUUUGAUUCUCGCUUCUAUGAUGGUCAAGUUAUACUCGACGACGCCAUCAAAGCUAUCCGAAAAUUAUCUGCUUUCAAAUAUCUGUAA